AAGUGAGCUUAACGGAAAAAAGUGCAUAGCUCCACCAAGAUGAUGCGGCUUUCUUUGGUGUUGAUUCUAUCAGCGGUGUGCCUUUCCCAAGGCUACCAAGAUGUCCAUACUGCAGACAUGGACUUCCUACACAAGCAGAAAAAACUCUUCGAACUUAUGUUCUUCGCUGAUCAGAAAGUCCUAGUUGAUUCAGAAUUUUUUGAAAUUGGACGCAACUAUGAUGUCGGCAGCAACAUGGAAUACUACACUGACAAGGUUGUAGUCAAAGAGUUCCUCUUCAGAUUCAAGGAAGGGAAACUCGACGAUGGAGUGUUGUUUACACCCUACAAUUUCGAAAUGGUCGAAGACAUGGUGGCCCUCUACCAUCUAUUUUACUGCGCCAAGGACUUCCAAACCUUCUACAAGACUGCUUGCUGGGCACGUAUCCACGUGAACAAAUACAUGUUCGUAGAUGCUUUCUACUCUGCUGUUAUAUACAGAUCAGACUGUAAGUUCAUCCGUCUACCAGCUCCUUUUGAAAUCUUCCCACACCUUUACUUCGACUCUAGGACCAUCCAGGAGGCACACAAAGUGAAAAUGACCCAUGGUGGAUUCUCCCACACCUACGACGUUGGCAUGAAGCACGGAGUUAUGCAUUCUGGAGACACAUACCUCAUCUACUCCAACUACUCUGGUGUCUGCAUGAAGCCUUAUUACGACCCAGAAUAUAAACUAUCCUACUUCUUCGAAGACGUCGGUCUUAACAGCUACUACUACUACUUCCGCAUGAUCUUCCCAUUCUGGAUCGAAACCAAGAACUAUGACCUCCCCAAGGAAUUCCGCGGUGAAUUCUACUACUACAUACACAAACAGCUGAUGUCUCGUUACUACCUUGAACGUCUCUCCAACGACUUAGGAUCCCUCAGACCAUUCGACUGGUACGAAGGCCACUUCCCAGGCUUCUAUUCCAACCUAAUGUACCCCAAUGGCGUGGCUCUGCCCAAACGCGAGGAGUGGUACGGCCUCCCAACAUACAAAGUCGACUACUUGAAGAAAAUCGACCUGAGAGAGAACCGCAUCUUCGAAGCCAUUGACUCCGGAAUCGUGAUUGACGAGUUCGGCAAACAGUACAACAUCUACACCCCCGAAGGCAUCAACAUCCUCGGAAAUCUCAUUGAAGGAAACCGAGACACCUUCAAUUACAAAUACUACGGUUCCUACGAAAUUUUGGCCAGAAACUUUUUCGACUACAACAGCGAAUAUACUUGCAAAAAAUGGUACAUUCCUGGAUCUCUCCAAACCUUCAGUACUAGCAUGAGGGACCCAAUGUUCUACAGGCUCUAUGACAAGAUCCUCUACUACUUCCAACGUUACAAGGAGAACUUAAAACGAUACACUCAAACUGACUUGGUCUACUCUGGCUGCAAGAUCGAAUCCGUCCAUGUUGACAAACUCGUCACCUACUUCGACAACUGCGACGCAUGCAUUAACAACGCCGUAUCUGUAGAGUCCUUCAAGGAAGGACACCACUUCAACCUGAAGGUCAGACAACAAUGUCUAAACUACAAACCAUUCACCUACCGAUUCACCAUCAACAGCGACAAGGACUCCAAGGUCAUGGUCAAGAUCUUCCUUGGACCUGCUUUCUACGGAGAACAGUACGAUGAGGACACCUACUUCCACAAGAACUAUUUGAACUUCUUCGAACUCGACAAAUUCGAAGCCAAAUUGAAGACUGGAAUGAACACUGUUGAACGCCUUAGCACGGAAUCCGCCUACACAAUGGAUGACGUCACGUCAUACGAGACCUACUAUAAAAAGAUUAUCAAGGCUGUUGAAGGAAACGAACCCUUCACCUACAAAGAGAAUUUGUUCGGUUUCCCAGACCGUCUUCUCCUGCCUAAGGGUAAACCGGAGGGUAUGCAGUACAGAUUCUUCUUCUACGUCUAUCCAUUCGAAGAGGGUAAAUUCUACGACCUUCCAUUAAUUGGAAAAUGGUUUUACGACGGCAAGCCUUUCGGCUUUCCAUUGGACAGACCAGUGAAACCAUGGUUCUUCACACUGCCUAACGCAUACUUCAAGGACGUGGAGAUCUUUCACGUGAAAGAGAUGACCGAAAGUUAUUAGACUUUUCGAGCCUAACGAACCGAAUUCGUCCCAGUAAAGUAGAAUCCCUAAAAUAUAUAGAUUCUCUAGAAUAUGAGCAAUUUCCACUCUCUUCAGUUAGUUUUUUUUUCAUAAUUAUAGCAUUUAUAGUUCAUUUAACGACAAAGCCAAGGUUUUUCAUCAAGUAAAGAUGAGUUUGAAUACUUAUAGAAAUAUGCAGUCCCUCUUUCACAAAAUUGCUCUGUGAGAUUCUAUUUUUGGUUGACUUAUUUCACGACUGAAAAUCACAGACUGAAAUGGUUAAUCUACGCGAAUGGCUCAUUGAAUCAAAACAAACCUCGCAUUUGGGUUUUACACCACAGCUCAGAUUACUAUGUAAAUUAGCUAAUAAAUCAAGUAUUAAAACCA